AACAUUUCCGUGGACAUUUUACUGCAGUGCGAAAAAAUAGUUCGGGUACUCUAUUCGUGCAGCAAUUUCCGCGCAUUGCAGAACAUAAACCGGCGCGCACUUCAAGUUUGCCGUGUGUACGUGUGAAUGUUGGUAGAGCUUCCGCGAAUUCAACAGCGUUUCUUGGAAAUCACACUCGAAAUAAAUACCUCAGUCAUCCUCGGGUAAACUGUCACAAAGCAAAGGGCUCCCAACGGUUAUCUACUCUCAAACCCUGCUGUUCCUAAGAUACAGCGCGAACGAAGGGAACAAUUUGUGGAUAAGUUCUGCAGUAGUAGUGGCAAAAGUGAAAUAAUUGUUAGUGAACCGUAAAGAUAGGUGUGUGAUCCCCUUAAAAAGAAACCAUUUUCAUUUGCGUUCUGACAGCUGUCCAACAGAUCGUCACCUAUUUCGAGACGCGCACAAACGAGAAAAAAACAGAUCCCGGAUUUUUUUUCACUUGGCCUCCCCUGGCGCAACUCAACCUCCAAAGUCUACUGCGAUCGUCCGCGCGAGAUUCCGAAGUUAAAAAUCGCCCACACUGGUACGAGCCCGGUUUCAAGAACUCUGCAAUACCACCGAGAAAGUGCGAAAGAAAAAGAGGUUUGUGAAUUUUUUGUAACAGUGAAAAUCAUUAUUUAACGGCAAAAAAUAGUGCAUUUUCCGGAGUCGAGAAAAAACGAAUACGCUAUUUAAAUACACGCGCGCUCGGUUGUCUCUCCCUGUGUUCGCUGUAACGAAAAAAAAAGAAAAUCGCUAAUAGUGUGCUGCUGGAAUACACCUUUCCCAGGAAGUAGGAGCAGUUCCCGGGAAAAAAACGAAAGCAAAAGUGUAUUUGCUAAUUAUUUCGUUUUUUUAAUUGUUUGGAGGCUUUUGUUUUAUUCCUUUUCUGACGGUGUGAAUCUGUGGGGUGUGCGGUGUGUUUUUAUUAAUAUUCGCUGGAACGCCGAAAAGGCAAAUGAUCCUUUCUUCCAUGCCCGGUGCACCGUGCGAGCAAAAGAAGCAACUGCGAGUGUAAAUGAUACAACAGUGAAGUGUGCUGUGUGUGCGCGAGGCUCUGUUUGUGUUUGUGUGUGCGCAAGAAAAGAUCGAAGGUAAUCGAUUCUUUUCACCCCCACGAGCGCGAAUCAAAAUCGACGGUAAUAUUCCUACCCUCGGCAACCGCGCGCGCGGGCUUCGACGUGUGUUUUAUCAUCAUCCCAUUCGCGUUAUCUUCACAAAGCGCGCCGCCAACAAAAAUCAGUGCCUGUCCGGGCGGGAGUGUGCGUAUAUGUGCCUAGCUGUGUGUUAGUUGUGCCGUGGCCGUACUAAAAAGCAAAUCGUGCCUGCAAAGCGCGCCCCAUCGUUUCGUCGUAUAAGCCUGAAUUUACUACGAGCGCGCAUCACCGUAGCAACAAACAAUGUCUACUGCGAUAAUGCACAGCGCGUCACUCUACGACUUUGGAGAGUACCCACGCAAGAACCAGACAAACACUUCCCGAGGCAACACACAGAUGAUCGUCGGCGGUGGUGGUGUUGGCGCUGGCAACGUGCACAACAUCACCCCCGUCGGUGGUGCGUCCAGCAACAGCAAUGGGUUCGUGUUUGCGUCCACCUUCAACGUUACCGCUGCGUUGGCCGCUACCAACAGCAAUGGCAACGGUCAGCAAACGCUAAACGGUAACCACCAUAUUGAGCAGCAGCAAUCUCAGCAAUCGCCGCAUUUCCAUCGUAAGAUUCCGCUCGGUCGGCUGCUGCUGGAUCUGGAUGAUACUUCCGCCCAGCACAAGCAGCAGCAACAGGCCAACAAUGGUGGAGCCGGUGGUGGUGGUGGUGGCGGCGGCGGCGGUGGAGCGUCACACCAUCAUACCCUGUACCGUACCGCGUCUCAGCCAGCGACCCGUCAGAUCGUGGGAAAUCUGCUGGAGAUGAUCGCCAUGAACGGGAUCAAGCUGACCCAGGACAUCAGCUUUGGCAGCACCGGCAGCAAUAGCGUCAACUCGAUUAGCAGCAACAACGGCAACAACAGCAACCAGCACGCUACUACUAGCAACACCACUUCCUCCUCCUCCGGUCACCGGAAGUUGGAACGAACGCAGUCCGAACCGCUGCCACAGCAAGUAAAUACCUCGAGAUACAAAACCGAGCUCUGCCGACCGUACGAGGAGGCGGGAGAGUGUAAGUACGGUGACAAGUGUCAGUUCGCGCACGGCAUGCAGGAGCUGCGCAAUCUGCAGCGCCACCCGAAGUACAAGACGGAACUGUGCCGCACGUUCCACAGCGUCGGCUUCUGUCCGUACGGGCCACGCUGUCACUUUGUGCACAAUGCCGAAGAGGCGCGCAACCACAACCGCAACGUGGCGGCUUAUCAUGCACGGUUGGCUGCGGCUGCUGCAGCCUCUGCCGGCAACAACGCAUCGUCCCAGUCGUCGCAGACCGGGACCAGAACCGGCAACGGUCCCAGUAUGCUCAACAGCAACAAUCAGCAGCAGCAUCAUCAUGGACACGGUCAUCACCACAGUCAACAGCAGCAGCAGCACAAGGCAAUGUCGAUGGCACAGCUGCAAACGGCCAUUCUGCAGCACUCAUCUAUCGCUCAUGUUCAGCAGCAACAGCAGCAGCAACAGCUUCAGCAACAUCAUCAGCAACAACAACACCAUCACCAGUUGCCACUCAGCCCGGCACUGUCGAUGUCCACCGGGUCGGAUCGGGCCUCACCGAUCGGCUCACUGUCGCUGAGCCCAACCACCUCGAUGGCGAACUUCUUCCCGGAAGCGAUCAGUCCCACGCUGCAGCAGGGUGGUGCCAUUCCGCAACCGUUCCUCUUCCCAACCAGCCCACCGGCCAGUCCGAUCGAGGGCCUGUCGCCGAUGGGCACACCACCACCAUCAUCACCCUCGCUAGUCGCCAUGAAGAUGGGUGGUGGAGGUCACGCAGGUGUCAACAAUAUGACGGCUAUCGGUAUGCAACAGGAGGAACGGCUUCCUGUGUUUAAUAUGUUGAGCUCCGUCGUCGAAACACACUACUCUUAAUCUACAAUAUCAAAACGCCCCCAACAUCAUAGGAGAGAGUGGCAGUAGAAGCAGCAGCAGCACACACCUUUAGGUACGGUUGAAAGCAUAACUCUGUUUGAACAUUUUUGACGUCCUUCUGUAUGACGUAAUAUGGAAAAGAUGACCUUUUUUUUUCAAUGGGACUUUAGUUUUGUGUCGCACCAGCGGCCCCGCGCACGCACGCAGGGUUGGUGGUUUUUUUUUUCAUCGCAAAAGAUAGCGUGAUGGUCAAGCCGAAUUCUUGACGAUCUCACCGUUUUCUGCUAUUUGUGUAAAGAAUUUAACAUAACUUGCAUAACUUUAUCGCAGGUUGACUGUGUGUGCAUCCUUUUUUCAUCUGUAUUGUGUUAAAGUUCCUGAAUUUAAAUCCAGGCGAUACAGAGACGCAACACCAGCUGAUAGUGUUGCGCCGCCCCACAACAUAUGCUACCGCGAAAAAUAGGUCUCAGCUAAUGGUGGGUUUUGUUUUGUUGUGGGGUUACACAUAACUCUUUUGACUCUAUUUAUAUUUAAAUCUUAUUCGAACGAGAAAGAGAGAGUGCAUAUUGCCUUUGUUUUUCGGGGAUAAAAUAUGAAAUGCGCGAGCUUGAGAGGAGGGAAAUAUUUACUAAACGAAACACGAGAACUAUAAUGGAUAGAAGGAACUAUUUAUUGAUUUUUCGCACUAUAUUUACACAUACACCCUUAUUUGUCGCCUGAUUCAGUUUCUUAUGUGAUGUAAACGGUACGAUAGUAGUAAUAUUAUUGGAAUAUUUCUUUUUUAAUAAUUGGCGCGCUCGCUCGCUCCCCCUUAUAGUUGUUUAGUUUUCAUAAAGCUUUUGACCUUUUCGUUCGCUCAUACGGCAAGCGAAUGAAGUGAUGAAACUCAUGGGGGUGUGUGUGUGUGUGUGUGUAAUGGCAAAACAGUGUUAAGUCUAGCAGGUGUUGCGAAAUUCACCUGAGCGAUAAAAACAAAAAAACAAAAACAGAAAUUGCGUGUGAGAAUAGAUUAGCCGAGAAAUAAGAACUGGGUGAUAGCAGACACACACCCCUAUUUCGCCAUCUUCCUUACGGGAGGGUACACACACGCGCACACGCAGGAAACGCAUCUGUAGCGGUGUGCACUUAACUGCAGAUAAAGCAAAUGCGCUUAAAACAGAAUGAAAGGAGAGGGAUAAGAGAGUUUGCCAAAUAGAAGACAGAACUUUAGACAAACCCCACGUAUAAUAUGACGAGAAUGAGAGCGACGACACAAAUACGCGCCACCACUGCUGAAGCUCAUAAUGCACUAUCUGCUAUUCGCUCCCAUCGAAUCCCGAUAUCUAUCUACUUCUAACUGCUCUGUUAUAACUUCUCCAGCUGUUGUACGUACAGCUACGCCACACGCCCAUAUUAUUAUUGUGUGCGAAUGGGGAAGAACAGAUUUGUAGUCACUAAACUCAGAUUUAUUUAAUGAUUAUUUAUUACAUCUACGCAAACCACACAUAAUAUGUCGGUAAUAAUAGAGAGAGGAGCAAAGACUACGCCAGUUUUUGGUGUGUUUUGUUUUAUCCCUUGCACAGAUAAGCUAAUCUUGUACACAUUAUUAUUCGUUAUCAUGAGCUUCGCUAGUACCCCUCUAGAGAGCGCUUGUUUGAUUUACUACUACCCUUGUUUUUGGCACCUAAUGCUUUUUCCUUUUCAUUUUAUUUCCUUUUCUUUUUAUGAACGAACUGAAAACGACUCGUGCACGCAGUUAUGAGCAUUAAUGAAUUAAAUACGUAUCUAGCCAUUUGUUAUAAAAUUCAUACCCAUCAAUUAUCUAUUCCAGUAGAAAAGGGUUUCCGACAGAAGAGAGGAGGGGCUCGUCUCAUCCAAAUAUCCCGCUUUUUCCAUACAUAUGUAUCUCUCUCUUUCUUCCCCAAAAUCCCACAAGACCGCACAGGGAGUCAUAUUAUUAAACUGAUUUCGUUUUUUUUUUUAUACAAUUAUAUAUUAAUGUGCUAUAUUACACAUACAUUAUGAACGGUACGAAUUUUUUGAUUUUUUUUUUCUCGCGUGUGUGAAAUAUGGAUGAUUAUAAUGAAUUAGACAGUAAAAACGAAUCGUGUGUGUCCGCGCAAACCGAUAGAAUCCCUUUUUUAAUUUAUUUUAUUUAUUCUCAACUUCCUUCGAAGCAAACGAUAACAACACAACGGUUAGAAAUGCUAUGCACUUUCCCGCAAGAGAUACGCGCAAAACGCGCCGAUAAUUUCUCGCGUAUUGUGUCGCGCAACUGGCUGCAAAUGAAGAGAACAACACCCCGCGCACAUAAAAUAUGCAAUUAGGCAGCAGCAAACACGCACACUCUCUUACGCGUACGUUCAAGCGCACCCUUGAUCCUUGCCACAAUAGAUAGAGGUCCACUUUAUUAACAGUCGAUUCGAUUGAAAACAUCAGCUACAUAAGCGAAUUUCUUUGAAUUGGCUUUACAAUUACCUUUUUUUGUUUGUUCUUUUUUUGUAAUUAGAUACAUCUUUUGAGAAGAUAAUUAAAGAAUGAUCCCAAAUUAAGACAGGCCAAUGUAGCCAAACUAGACACUGCUGGGACUCGACUCUUCCACCUAUUCCCUAGACUGUAAAAUAAGACAAUGUAAAAGACCACACGAUAUCACGCUGGUGGUAUAAGAAGCCGCCACAUUUAAUAAGAGGGUCAAUUCCAUUUUUGUUUUUGCCACGGGAAUAGAGAUUACUUACCACCAGAAGAAAUAUGUGAUGCAAAGUUUUUUUCUUUUUCUGGUGCGUUGCAAACUAAAACGUAUGUGUGUGUUUUGGGAGUUUUGAACACUAAUUUAAACUUUUAUAUUAAUCUUCCAAAAGACGAAUUGUAAACGUUAAGGGAACGGGGGAGAGGGGGUGGUGUGUGCAAGAAGGAGGGGCGCAAGCAAAACAAAAGGCACUAAAACAACAACUACAAAAAAAAACAAGUGAUCACUAAGCUAAAGCACGUUUAGAUGUUAUAGAAAAUAAGCGGCCAAACCACCUCACACGCUCAUUUCCUAUUAUUGGAGCUUCCUAACGCAUUAGAGUGAGUGUGACACACACGCACACACAGACGCGGUGAAAUGGGGAAUGCAAAAGCGAUUCGAAUAGCGAAUAUUUUGCCCCCCACUACUGUUGUUACUCUCUCUCGCUCGAUAUGUCCGGAAAAUGUGUGACAUAAGCGCCAUCGAUAAACGGGAAGGAGAUCAGCACUAACGGAAAGAUCGGUGUACUGAGAAGACAACGAAGUAAAAAAAAGGGAGGUUAAGUAAGAGGUGGUAAAGGGGCGACAGGAACUAAAAUCAAAAAAACACUGGAUAAUCUUUAUAGUUCUUCCUUUAUUUUCUAUUUUGUUUGUCUUAUACGUACGAGAAAUGCUAUUACUAUUUUGUAAUUAUUAUUAUUAUUAUUAUUAUUAUAAUUAUUAUUUUAUUACUAUUUUAUUAUCAUCGAUUAUUGUGUAAAAUUAAAGGAAAUAAUUAUUAAUUUUCUACUGCGCUAUUUACCUAUAUAUAAACAAAAAAACACACAUUGUACAUUUGUAGUAAUUUAUACUUUCCCCGCGGUAAGGUCCGUGUUAUUUUUUGCAUGUUUAUUAUUAUUUUUUUUUAUACCCUAUAAUAUUUACGGAACACUGCAACACCCCGUUUAUUUGUUGUGUGUACAUGCAUAUGUAAUAUUAUGAUUUUGGAUUCACCAAGCGAGUGCCUAAUGAAAAUCGAAUCGAAUCACAGCAAUCGUGUACGCGCGCGUCUAAACCACCCCCCAAACAACAUACGCACACGCGCAGAUGGGCGCUGUGUGGAGCAGUGGAACAUUAUCGCGGGAACGUGCGUUUUCCGUUUUUGUUGGUCCACCUUUGAUAUGGAACUUUUGCUGGUUGCUGUGUCACCGCACGGUUGUUACGACUCCAAAGAGCCUACGUUGAUUGUUCUUGUCUUCCUUCUUAAAUACACUCUUAACAAAAACACCAAGCAGAGCGAGCGUCGCUAACGCUCGAGCUAUAUGGCUUUAAUAUGUGCUUCCAACAGUAAAUCGUACGCAAGAAAAAAGGAGUCUAACCCGCGCGAAAGUGGACAAAUCUAAUCGCACCGUGAAAAUGAUCUGCCACAAAGGGCUCCCAUCGCGAGAAAUGAUCUGUGUUGUGUGGUGGGGAUGGUGCCGUGCUGUAAUCCGAAUGCGUGUGUGCGGUAGAUUUUCUUUCCAAUUGUUCAUGUGUAAAAUGUAGCAUUAAGGUAAAGGAAAACAAAAAAUGGCGCAAAAGGAAGAACGCCACGAGUGUGUGAGUGUGUGUGUGUGUUUGAAGGGGUGGAUAUGCUUGACCAGCAAAUAUAUAAAUAUAUGAUAACAACAAAUGUGUAUCGAUCUAAGACGUUUCAAUUAUAAAAAAAGAGCAAAAUCUGUUUACAUCGCGUAUAUGUAAACAGGGGCAACAAGCGAAAAAAAUUAAAUACGAAAAGCAAAAAAAAACCCAAUCGUGAUCAUAAA